UCGCAUGUGGACCAGAUCAGUAGAGUCGGUCCCAGCCCACAUUUCCUUCCUUCUUUUCUCUUCCCAUCUCUCUCUCCUUCUCUCGCCCCUUCGUUAUUUUGGUGGGAAAAGCCUCUUCUGUCCUCACGCCCCAUGUUAGUCGGCUAGUCUGAACAAGUCAGCCAACGCAGCGCCAAAAGUUGUUUUUGAGGUCGCCGUCAUGGGCGGAGGUUCGGUGUCGGAGUGCAAGGAGUUUUUGUUCAAGGUGCUGGUGAUCGGCGAGCUGGGCGUGGGCAAGACCAGCAUCAUCAAGCGCUACGUGCACCAGCUCUUCUCCCAGCACUACCGCGCCACCAUCGGCGUCGACUUCGCCCUCAAAGUCAUCAACUGGGACAGCAAGACGCUGGUCCGCCUGCAGCUGUGGGACAUCGCAGGUCAGGAGCGCUUCGGAAACAUGACCAGGGUCUACUACAAAGAGGCCGUGGGGGCGUUCGUGGUGUUCGACGUGACAAGGGGCUCCACGUUCGAGGCCGUGUCCAAGUGGAAGCACGACCUGGACAGCAAGGUGAAGCUGGCCAACGGUGGCCCCAUCCCCUCGGUGCUGCUGGCCAACAAGUGUGACCAGAAGAAGGAAGGCUCCAACAACAUGGCCCUCAUGGACAAUUUCUGCAAAGAGGCUGGAUUCUUGGGGUGGUUUGAAACCUCGGCCAAGGACAACAUCAAUGUGGAUGAAGCGGCACGAUUCCUGGUGGAGAGCAUCUUGGCAAACGACAAGGGUUUGCCCUACGAGGAGAGCAACGGAGACCGCAUCAAACUAGACCAGGAAAACGUGGUGGCUGAGAGCAAACCAGGCUGCUGCUAACACUCACUCCUUUAACCUUGAAGACGACACACAGGUCCACAGCCCUUUAAGCGCGAGCCACAGGGCAAACGCUAACUGUACAGAAGGACCCAUGCUUGUUAAACUUUUUUUUUUUUAUCCUAACCUUUCCAAAGCAGACUAUAUGCUUUUCAAAAAUACUGCAAUAGCCUCUAUCAUACUGCUGAACCGUUCUGUUUAAUCCACCAUUAACACAAAAAUUUAAAUACUUGAAAUUGCUUUGUCAGACUCUGGACUUUACCUGACAACAAGGUUUAGGGCUCAGCACUGUGCCUUUUUAUCCAGAAAACACUCCUCGCUGCCUUUUAUUUCGCUGACGUAGAAUGUAUUGAUUACACACUUCACUUUUAGGUGUUUUUGCAAUUAAUGUUUUUUAAAAAAUGAAGUGCACUCAUGUCUUUCUUUGAUUUUGCUAUUGUCUAACAUGAGACCACAGUUAAGUAUUAACAAUGUGUUUUUGUGUGUCAUGGUACUGCAAGUCCACCAAUAGUGGCCUCUUUCUGCUGCUCUCUGCAGUUAAGUCAAUAGCGAUGAUUUUUUUUUAAUGCAUCAGACCUCAUGGAUCAUUUAGGUCUCAGAAUAAGGAAAACAAAAAGUAUUCUGUCGUGUUUUUUUGUUGGGUUUACAUGCAAAAAAUAUGUUAAGAGAGAGAUGCUGUCUUGAUUAAAUGUAUUUAUCUUCCUCA